GUUCUCGUUAUGUUGCAGCCGGGACUAGUCUGCAAAAGCCGCCCUCACCGAAGCGUUUACCAUUCUUGUUGAUAACGUCUUUGAAAUAAAGUUGAAGCCAAAGAAAAAUUGCCCUUUCCCCGAUCUCUGUUCAAUACAACUGGAUCAAUGGAUUGCGUUUACAAGAACCCUAAUGCUCCCAUAGAGGAUCGAGUCAAAGACCUUCUUUCUCGAAUGACUCUACAAGAAAAGAUUGGCCAAAUGACCCAAAUCGAGCGACGUGUCGCCGAUCCCUCUGCUCUCAAAGAUUUUUCCAUCGGGAGUAUACUUAGUGCCGGAGGAAGUGGGCCAUUUGAGAACGCACUGUCAUCUGAUUGGGCUGAUAUGGUGGACAGGUUCCAGCAGGCAGCACUUGAGUCGCGGCUUGGGAUACCGCUUAUAUAUGGGAUUGAUGCAGUCCAUGGUAACAAUAGUGUCUAUGGUGCCACUAUAUUUCCUCACAACGUUGGCCUUGGAGCCACUAGAGAUGCUGAUUUGGCUCAAAGAAUUGGGACUGCAACCGCUCUUGAAGUUAGGGCAAGCGGCAUUCAAUAUACCUUUGCACCGUGUGUUACCGUAUGCAGAGAUCCCAGAUGGGGAAGGUGUUAUGAGAGUUAUAGUGAAGACACAAACAGUGUUAGAAAAAUGACUUCAAUUGUUACAGGUUUGCAGGGACAGCCACCGGUAGGACACCCGAAGGGCUACCCUUUUGUAGCUGGCAGAAACAAUGUUAUUGCAUGUGCUAAGCAUUUUGUUGGAGAUGGCGGUACUGAAAAGGGUAUAAAUGAGGGGAAUACCAUAUUAUCAUAUGAUGAUUUAGAGAGGAUCCAUAUGGCACCAUAUCUGGACUGUAUUUCUCAGGGGGUUUCCACCAUUAUGGCAUCAUUUUCCAGUUGGAAUGGACGUAAACUUCAUGCUGACCAUUUCCUCUUGACAGAAAUUUUAAAAGAUAAGCUAGGUUUUAAGGGUUUUGUGAUUUCUGAUUGGGAAGCACUUGACCAACUUUGUGAACCUCAAGGCUCAAACAAUCGUUACUGCAUUUCUAGUGCUGUUAAUGCUGGAAUUGACAUGGUAAUGGUCCCUUUCAAAUAUAAACAAUUUGUGGAGGAUUUGGCAUUUCUGGUAGAAUCAGGGGAGGUACAGAUGUCCAGGAUAGACGAUGCUGUUGAACGAAUAUUGAGAGUGAAGUUUGUCUCUGGUCUUUUCGAACAUCCCUUCUCUGAUAGAUCUCUGCUAGAUAUAGUUGGCUGCAAGCUACACAGGGAACUAGCACGUGAAGCAGUUCGGAAGUCCUUGGUUCUAUUGAAAAAUGGAAAGAACCCAGAAAAUCCUUUUCUUCCAUUAGACAAGAAUGCUAAAAGAAUUCUUGUUGCUGGAACACAUGCUGAUGAUCUUGGGUACCAGUGCGGAGGGUGGACAGGUACCUGGCAUGGAUGCAGUGGCAGAAUUACAAUUGGCACAACCAUCUUGGAUGCCAUUAGAGAAGCUGUAGGAGACAAAACAGAGGUGAUCUAUGAUCAAUAUCCGUCACCAGACUCCUUAGCAGGGAAGAACUUCUCUUUUGCCAUUGUAGUUGUUGGUGAACCACCUUACGCUGAAACCUUGGGUGACAACGCAGAGCUUGUAAUCCCUUUCAAUGGAAGUGACAUAAUAAGUUCAGUUGCUGACAAAAUCCCCACAUUGGCAAUCCUCAUAUCUGGAAGACCUCUGGUUUUAGAGCCAUGGCUUUUGGAAAAAGUGGAUGCUCUAGUUGCUGCUUGGUUUCCUGGAAGUGAGGGAGGGGGAGUAACCGAUGUAGUGUUUGGAGAUUUCGAAUUUGAGGGUCGGCUACCAAUGACAUGGUUUAGAAGUAUCAACCAGCUGCCAAUGAAUGCUGGACAUAAUUCAUAUGACCCUUUGUUUCCCCUUGGCUUUGGAUUGACAUGCAAUAAGGAGAAAUCUGUAGAGUAAGUGGUUUCAUGGCAUGAUUGAGGAAGAAAUUUGCUUGCCCAUUUAGUAAAUAUCUUUGCUUUUGGAUUUAUUCUGUAAUAAUGCAAAUGAUGUGCUCAAUCACAUUGUCAUUCCACCUGAAUCCUUUUUUUUGUUCCAAAGUCAUAAUAACGUGAGUGGUGCUUAGACUUAGAGCCCCCUCCCUCCUUUAUGCUGAUGA